AUGGCGACUUUCAAACCUUUCCCGUUCGUGCUGGGGGCCAUUAUCCUCUUCUGCUUCGUGCAGCCUACGCUCGCCUUUGGCGCCGGCAACAUUGCUGGGAUUUCCAAGGUCGAGGGCCAGAACUGGCGUCACGGUGAUAUCGAAGAUGCGCUACUCAGAAUUGCCAUGGCCCGGCUCGCCGGCGGCAAGAAGUUCGACAAGCUGAUGGUAUCCCGCGUCUACUUCGGCAACUGGCUGCGCGACUACUCGCAAGCCAUCGACGUCGGCACGGUCAAGGCGGUCUCAGCCGAGGCCAUCCGCCUGCUUCUCUGCGUCCUCGGCUUCCUGACCUUCGGCUACGGCAGCCGCGAGUUCGAGGUCACCGCCGAGCGCCUCGGCUGCUACCGUCCUGAGGACCACAUCGACAACCCCAAGAACUACGCCGACAAUUUGGAUGCGACGGACUACGACCGCCGUCUGCGCGGUCCUGUGGAUGAGCGGGUUGAGCUGGCUAUUGAUGAGGAGACGGGCAUGAAGAACUAUAUUGCCAAUGAGAACGCCAACAUCAUGACUUCGGCGCUGCACAUCCGCCGUCUGUUUACUAAGAGUAUCGAGCUGGGCCGGUCGUAUGGCCGUUCUAAGAGGAAGGCUGACCUCUACGAAGCCCUGCGCCUGCUGGGCACUGGUCUACACUGUCUCGAAGAUUUCUUUGCCCACAGCAACUACACCGAGCUGGCCCUGAUCGAGAUGGGCGAGCGCGACGUCUUCCCGCAUGUGGGCCGGAACACCAAGCUUAGGAUCCCUGGUGCUCGCGGCAGUGUUUACCCCAUUGUCACCGGUACCUUUGGCGGUGUCGACUUUUUGCACUCCGUGACCGGUGAAGUGUCCGACAAGAUGACGCAGAACGAGAUCGAGGCGCUUGAGGGGACCCUGCAGCAGAGCAGCCACAGCGACACUAGCCUUCUGCGAGACCUGCUUGACAAGAUCCCCGACGGCCUUCUCGGUGGUAGCGACAAGAGUAAGGUGGACGAGAUCCAGAGCAACGCCCAGGCCGCGCAGAUGGAGAACGUCAGCGUGUCACCGCGUGACCCCGAGGAGUUCACCGUCUACAUCCGGAACAUCUACCAGCAGAUUAUGCCCGCGAUCGAGUUCCACGACGAGAUCCUGAAGAACAUCACAGAGGCCAUCGAAAAGAUCCCCGUGCUGCCCAAGAUUGUGGAGCAGCUCGAGGAGCAGAUGUCUGUCUUUGUGUUCCAGAUCAUGGCGCCGUUUAUCGUGCCUGUGAUCGAUCAGGUCAAGAACGAGCUCGCGACCGGCUCGUCUGAGAUCAUUCAGAGCAGCAAGGCCGAGCAGCUCAACAUCUUUAACGACGACGACGCGACUGACCCUACCCACUCGAUGUUGUCCAAGGACCACUUUACCAACAUCCUCAAUGAGAUCGCCGGCCGCACCGCCUCCAAGGUGGUGUCGUGGGUUGUGCCCCAGCUGAUGGACGCCUGGGACGACGAAGGCACCGACGUCGACGAACUGCUCAACAAGAUCAUCUACGGCGUGUUGCACCACCCGGCCCAGCGCAACGAGGGCCCCCGCGGCGCGUCCGAAGGCCGCCGCAUGUGCUAUGAAAUGGUCCAGGAGUGGUGGAACGACAUGGACGACCGCCAGCGCGAGGAGUACCGGCGCAAGCUGAGCCGCGACGGCGUCGAACAGGGCCAGAACCACCGCGAGGGCCAGAGCGACUGCGGCCACGGCUGCGGCGGCAAGCUGAAGAUGCAUAAGAACUUCCGCAACGAGGCCGACCCCACACUGGAGGACAAGAUCGCCGGCGCCGCAGCGGACGCGAUCAUGGGUGGCGUCAAGCAGGGUCUGACCGAGGCCGUCGGCGGCGCGGCUGCCGGUAGCGGCUUUGGCGGCGGUGGUGGUGGCGGGUCUGAGGGCGGCCUGGGCGGCUUCCUCAGCAGCGUUGCCGGCGGUAUUCUCGGCGGCGGGUUCAAGAAGGAGGAGACGGAGACGUACCACUCCAGCGGGCGCACCGAGGAUGGCGGCUACUCGCAAACCACGACCGAGUACGGACACUCGGGCAACACCUACGGCCAAGCGCAGUACACCGAGACGCAGUACGGCAGCGGCGGACGCAGCGAGUACCAACGCUACGAGCAGCGCGAGGAUAACGACGGCCGCGGCGCGAGCUACGAGUACUCGGAGCAGCGCACCGAGACGCACCAUGGCGGCCGUCACCAUGGCCGUCGUGAUGAGGAGGAGGAGCAGCAGCAGAGCAGCUAUGGUGGCGGUGGUGCUCGUGAUGAGUACCUUCGUGGCUCGGAGCAGCAGAGCAGCUAUGGUGGUGGCAGUGGCUACGGUCGCCGUGAGGAGGAGAGCAGCUACAGCAGCGGCGGCGGCGGUUAUGGCCGACGCGAAGAGGAGAGCAGCUAUGGUAGUGGCGGUGGUGGCUAUGGCAGCAGCGGUGGUUACGGUCGCCGUGAAGAGGAAAGCAGCUACGGGAGCGGUGGCGGAUACGGGGAUAACAGCGGUGGUUAUGGCCGCCGUGAGGAGGAAAGCAGCUACGGCAGUGGUGGUGGUUAUGGUCGCCGUGAAGAGGAAAGCAGCUAUGGUAGCGGUGGUGGCUACGGCCGUCGCGAAGAGGAGGGCAGCUACGGUAGCGGUGGCGGGUACGAACGCCGCGACAACGAUGACGACGAAAAUCGUAGCGAGAGGCACCACGGGCACGGCCGUCGGCACCACCAGGAGGAGGAAGAGGAGGAGGAUCGCGGUGAGGGUCGCGGGUGGGGGUUCUAG